AAGAUAACAUGGACAUAGUGCAGAAGUGGAGAGUUGCUUUAAUGGAUUCGGCCAAUCUUUCAGGUUGGGAUUCUCAGAACACCAGUUUUGAUCCUAGGAGUGACUCGUGUCUGAUAUCGACAUGGAUGUUGGUGGAGUUUCUUCUUCUGCUUCUUCUACUUCAGAGAAAUAUGAUGUUUUUCUGAGUUUUAGAGGUGAAGACACGCGUAAUACUUUCACAAGUCAUCUUUACGCUGCUUUGGAGCGAAAGAAAAUCAAGACCUACAUAGACGAGAAAAGUCUUAAGAGAGGAGACAAAAUCUCAUCAACACUUCUUGAAGCUAUCCGGAUCUCAAAGAUUUCAAUUAUAAUUUUCUCAAAAGAUUUUGCUUCAUCAUCAUGGUGCUUAAGUGAGCUUGUGCAUAUACUUGAAUGCUACGGAGAAAAUAAACAUAUGGUUAUACCCAUUUUCUACAACGUAGAUCCCUCCCAUAUACGGAAACAAGAAGGAAGCUAUAGAGAGGCAUUUCUAAAACAUGAAGAACGUUUUAAAGAUGACAUGGACAGAGUGCGGAAGUGGAGAGUUGCUUUAACGGAGUCGGCCAAUCUUUCAGGUUGGGAUUCUCGGAUCACCAGGCCUGAGUCAAAAUUAGUUGAAGCAAUUGUAGAAGAUGUUUUGAGGAAAUUGAAUCGUGGAUCGUCAUCAAAUUUUAUUCCUAAGGGUCUCAUUGGGAUUGAGAGACAGAUUGCAGAAAUUAAAUCAUUAUUAAGUGUUUCUUCUCCAAAAGUAUGCAUUGCAGGCAUUUGGGGAAUGGGCGGCAUCGGUAAAACUACACUUGCCCAAGUCAUAUUUGAUCAACUCUCUUCUCAAUUCGAAGCUUGUUGCUUUGUUGCAAACGUGAGGGAAGAAUCGGGGAAGGGAUCAUUGAUUAACUUAAGAAAUAAGCUUCUUUCUGAAUUAUUAAGGGAAGAAAAUCUAAAUGUGGGAACCCCAUCUCUAGGACCAACUUUUGUCAAAGAGAGGCUUAAGCGUACGAAGGUUCUCAUUGUUCUUGACGAUGUUAACCAUGUCGAGCAAUUAAAUUUUUUUGUUGGGGACCGUGACCAGUUUAGCUGUGAAAGCAGAAUCAUUGUAACAACUAGAGAUGUUAUGGUGCUUAGGGAUAUUGCAGUGGACGGAAUGUACGAGGUUGAGAAAUUACAUUUCAAUGAGUCUCUUCAACUAUUUAAUUCGAUUGUUUUUAGAGAAAACGCUCCUGAUAUGGAUUAUAAGGAUCUAUCGAAAAAUGUGGUAGAGCAUGCUGGAGGCCUUCCAUUGGCAAUUACAGUUUUGGGUAAACACUUUCGUUCCCUGAGCCAAGAAAUUUGGGAAAUGGCGUUGGAGAAACUAAAAAGUGUUCCUCAUAAUGAUAUUCACAAUGUGUUGAGAAUAAGCUAUGAUGGGCUGGAGAAAAUAGAGAAAGAUAUCUUUCUUGAUAUUGCAUGUUUCUUCAAAGGGAUGUGUGGACAUUUUGUGGAAAGGAUACUUAAUGGUUGUGAUUUUUUCGCAAGUAUAGGUGUGCGUAUUCUCAGUGAAAAGUCCCUCAUAACUAUUGAUCCUUGUUAUAGGCUUCAAAUGCAUGAUCUAUUGCAAGAAAUGGGUAAAAAUAUUGUUCGUCAAGAAUCUACAAAACUUGGAGAGCGCAGUAGGCUAUGGAUUCCUGAAGAGGCUCGUCAAGUCCUAGAGAACAAAGAAGGGAAUGAAAAAGUUGAAGGAAUAUUCCUAGACUUGUCCGAAAUUGAUGAAGAGAUACACUUGAAACCUAAAGUUUUCAAAAAGAUGGCUAAGUUGAGAUUGCUCAAAAUUUACAAUUCCUCUUAUGUCAAGAAAGGCAAAUUGUACCUUCAAGAUCUCCGGUGUCUUCCUCCUUCACUUAGGUAUCUCGAAUGGCAUGAAUAUCCUCUAAAAUAUUUACCAUCAAACUUUAAGCCAAAGAAUCUUGUUGACCUAAAGAUGCCAUACAGUCACCUUGAGCAACUUUGGGUUGGAGUCCAGGAGCUUAACAAGUUAAGAGACAUUGAUCUGAGACAUUCCAUUCACCUAACUCAAAUUCCGGAUCUGUCAAGUGCUCCAAAUCUUGAGAGAAUAAAUCUCGAGUAUUGCACAAAUUUGUUUCAAGUUCCUUUGCAUACUCUCAACACUCUUCCAAUGACUAUAACCCGGAGCCUUGUGUCUUUAAAUUUAAGUUCAACUGGAAUAACGUCUUUGCCUUCAUCAAUUGUCUCUCUCAAUAAUCUUUCGAAAUUGUCUCUCAGAAACUGUACAAGACUUGCAAGUCUUCCAAGUUGCAUGAAUAAGCUGGAUUCUCUAAAGGAACUUGGAUUAGGCGGGUGCUCAAUUCUUGAGAGGUUUCCAGAGCUUCCAUUGAAUAUAAUGACGUUGGAUAUUGGAGGGACAGCCAUAAAGCAUGUGUCCGCAUCAUCAAUUGAGGAUCGAUUUUAUCUCCGGGAUAUUGGAAUGUCCAAUUGUAAAAGUCUUGCGAGUUUGCCACCCAACAUUUUUAAGAUGAGGUCUCUUUGUGAUCUUAAUCUUAAUGGUUGCGCAAAUUUGAAGAGCCUUCCGGAAAUCUUAGAUCCUAUGAAAAUUUUAAAAUGGCUUCGUUUAAGCGGAACAGGGAUUAGAGAGCUACCAAUAUAUGAUAUGGCUAAGCUUUCCGAUCUCGAUCUUUCUGAUUUUCCAAUCUCAAGUGGUUUCCUCCGUUGGGAUCUGGAAUUUCUUGAUCUCAGUGGCUCUAAUAUAAUAGCAAUCCCUACAAGCGUCAAAGGGCUUUCUAAGCUGAUAAAGAUUUACGUAAACAAUUGCAGGAAUCUUCGUUCUAUACCAGAGCUUCCAUUGGGUUUGCAAGUUCUUGAUGCCAGAGGGUGCACGUCGUUGGAAGUGGUGUCAAAUUCAAAGAGAGCACUCACACAAGAGUUUUGGGAUUAUGUUCAAAAUGAAAGGGCCGAUUUCACUGAAUACUCAAUAUUUUGUGAUUGCUUGAAAUUGGAUCAGAAGCAGCGUCAAAGUAUUUUAAUGGAAUUCCAGCUUAGAGUUUUUCGGACCGCUACACGAUUUAUAUGUAAAGACCAUGAGAGGUUGCCUUAUUCGAUUGGUGCGUGUUGUCCGGGAUAUGAAAUUCCAAUGUGGCUUGAGUAUCAAUCGGAGGGAGCUUUUAUUGAUAUAAAGCCUCCACUGGAGAGGCAGAAUUUCAACUUCUUGGGUAUUGUAUUUUGUGUUGUUGGUUACUGUUAUUCUGACACCGAAUUCCUGCGUGUAAGAUGUGAAGUCAAUCUUAAAGCGAACGAAGGGGAAAACAGAGAAUUCACUUCGGCGUUUCAAUAUAUUGAUGAAGUUUGCAUGAAGUUUUCAAGUAAUGUGUGGAUGUGGUAUGUGCCUGAUGACAAUCAUAAAUGGCUCAAUCCAGUGGAGGCGUCAUUUGACUUUUCAUUGGUAGGAUGGGAUAAGAGAAAAAGUAGACGGUUUAAGACUUCCAAGCAUGAAGUGAAGAAAUGUGGGAUCCACCUGGUAUAUCAAAAAGAAAUAGAGGAAUUCAGAUUCAAUUUCAUCAAUGCUGGCCAACAUCAUGUACUUGAGGAAUCCGCAGCCGAGCAGCCUGAAUCCAUUGCACGCGAAACCGUCGACUUUGAUACAGAUGAACCACGUCUCAAGAGAAUUAAAUUUACAGAUUCCUUUGACUGCUGAUUAUUUGAUCUCUUCCUGGAAUGAAUCAUCAGUAAUUCCAAAAAAAAAAAAAAGUAUGAAUAUGGAUUUUGGUUUCUUUCUACUACUCUAAUUUGUGAAUAAUACAGCUUUGUUAUAUACUACGCUAUUUUCUAUAAUAUUUACUUUUUAUGUUC